CCCCAAGAUACCCUCAACAAAUUCAAAAAUCCCUCAAACAAUAACUCAUAAUGAACCAAAUAUACCCCCACAAUCUAAGCCCAAUCUGGUCACCGUGUUCCUCAAAACACCAAAAACGAUCCCUCGCAUUGCUGCUCCACCGCCUGCUUUAACCUUCCCUAGACAAAUAACAAACACUAAAACAACAAAACGCCUGCCCUCUCUAUCUAUCUCUGUCGCUCUGUCAUUGGUCUUUUGCUUUUCCUCAUCUGUUACUCUGUUUUCUUUCUCUGCUGUUCUCUCCCCUAUUCUUCGAAGCAAAAGUAACGCUAAAGUUUUGAUUUUUGACCCGCAAAACAGCAAAGAAACAACCCCAUAUAAGAUUACACAGUCGCCGGAAAUGUUGCUUCCGGUGCAUUUUCCGGCAUAAGAAUCAAAAUGCAAGAGACCCUUUUAGCUACACUAUCAGAAAACCCCAAAACCAAAGCCAAAAACAAAGACGUUUCCUUGCUAGUCACCUCGCCGUGCCAUAUUGUCUCGACGAGAACCCGAUCCCAGCCGAACUCGCGGCGCGUGACGCCAACUCGCGACUCGAUUACCACCACCAUUACCGCUAGUGUCGACACCAGCUGUGCCUUGGUGGAGAAGGUGCUGCCCAAUGGGGAUAUUUAUACCGGGGGGUUGGUAGAUGGUGUUCCACAUGGGAAAGGGAAGUAUUUGUGGAGUGAUGGGUGUAUGUAUGAAGGAGAGUGGAAGAAAGGGAAGGCUAAUGGAGGGGGGAAGUUUUCUUGGCCAACAGGAGCUUCUUAUGAAGGCCAUUUUAAGUUGGGGAAAAUGGAUGGUUUUGGUACUUUUAUUGGUGUAGAUGGUGAAGCUUAUAGUGGAAAUUGGGUGAGUGAUAAAAAGCAUGGGUUUGGUGAGAAAAGGUAUGCUAACGGGGAUGUUUAUCAAGGUUUAUGGAAGUUUAAUUUGCAAGAUGGAGAUGGGAAGUAUAGCUGGAGUAAUGGGAAUGAGUAUAUUGGUGAGUGGAAAAACGGGGUGAUUUUUGGGAAAGGGGUGUUGGUUUGGGAUAAUGGGAAUAGAUAUGAAGGUUAUUGGGAAAAUGGGGUGCCGAAAGGGAAAGGGAUGCUUACAUUUGGUAGUGGGAAUGCGAAUGGGAAUGGGAGGGUUUGUGGCGGCGGAGAGGAUCUUAAAAGAGUGGCCUUGGAUCCGGUAGGAGGGGGAGGGAGGAAGAGAUCAUCAGUGGAUGGUAACUUUCCGCGGAUAUGUAUUUGGGAGUUGGAUGGAGAGGCUGGUGAUAUUACUUGUGAUAUUGUUGAUAAUGUUGAGGCUUCAAUGUUUUACAGAGAUGGUAGUGAUGAUAAUGGAGGUGGAUGUGAGGGUAAUGUGCAGCAGCAGCAGCCAGGAAGAAGUCCUUGUAGUUCUGUUGAUUGUGAGGUUAAUAAGAAACAAGGACAAACGAUUUCAAAAGGGCAUAAGAAUUAUGAUUUAAUGCUUAAUCUUCAACUGGGUGUCAGGCAUUCUGUGGGCAAGCAUGCGUCAAUAACAAGGGAAUUAAGACAGGGUGAUUUUGAUCCCAAAGAGAAGUUCUGGACAAGGUUUCCACCUGAAGGAUCGAAGUCUACACCUCCGCAUCAGUCUGUGGAUUUCAGAUGGAAGGAUUACUGUCCCAUGGUAUUCAGACAUUUGAGGGAAUUGUUUGCAAUAGAUCCAGCGGACUACAUGCUAGCUAUUUGUGGAAGUGAUACACUUAGGGAAUUUUCCUCCCCUGGGAAGAGUGGAAGCUUCUUUUAUCUAACUCAAGAUGACCGUUUCAUGAUCAAAACCGUUAAGAAAUCUGAAGUCAAGGUUCUCAUUAAGAUGCUUCCAAGUUAUUACCAACAUGUUUGCCAGUACAAGAACUCAUUGGUAACAAAGUUCUUUGGUGUACAUUGUGUUAAACCAAUGGGAGGUCAAAAGACCCGUUUUGUUGUAAUGGGCAAUCUGUUUUGUUCUGAGUACCGCAUCCAUAAACGCUUUGACCUGAAAGGUUCUUCUCAUGGACGUACAACUGACAAGCCAGAGGGUGAAAUUGAUGAGACAACCACACUUAAGGACCUUGAUCUAAACUUUGUAUUUCGCCUGGAACGGUCAUGGUUUAAUGAACUCAUCAGACAAAUUUAUAGGGACUGUGAAUUCUUGGAAGCGGAGAGAAUUAUGGAUUACAGUCUUCUAAUUGGUCUUCAUUUUCGUGAUGAUUACUCAAGUGAUGAGAUGAUGUCACUAAAUGACAAGCAUUUUGAAAAAAGAAAUUCACACAAUGAGGAAACAUCGAUGCGUGGUUAUCAUUUGCUGCCCGAUAUGGACUGGGUCAUAGAAGGCAGUGAAACAUUUUCCUUUUCCCACGUAGGAGCCCUGUAUUUGAUGAUUUGUUCCUUUGAAUUCAUUCCUGUCUGUCGAGGAAUACUGAAUUGGAUCAGUGCACAGGGAGUGGAAGCAACAAUUCAACACCUUCACAGAAUGGUACCGAGAUCUUUGAUGUAGUUCUCUACUUUGGUAUCAUUGACAUCCUCCAAGAUUAUGAUAUCAGCAAAAAGCUAGAACAUGCAUACAAGUCCUUGCAAGUGGAUCCCACGUCUAUCUCAGCUGUUGAUCCCAAGUUAUACUCGAAAAGAUUCCGAGAUUUCAUACAUAGAAUUUUCAUAGAGGACAAGUGAUGAAGGGAAAGAAAGGAAAGGAAAAUUAUACAGAAUUUAACACUCAGAAAUUAAACUCCCAGCGACAUACCGGAAGAGCUCUUGCCGGAUUUUUGAGUGAUGCAUAUGUAAAGAAAGGCUUAUUGAUUGCUGAUGCAUUGGAUGCGUUGAGGUGUUUAACGUUUGAGGCUAAAUUUUUUAGAUUAGCCAUGGUGUUUAAGUGUCAACUACGGACAAGAUGUCAAGAGAUUAGGUGAGCUUGUAUAAAUCUGAAGAGUGAAGGCAGGUAACUACAGCAGUUUGUUUUCUUGAGUUGUGAGCAGCCCUGGAAUGUGCUUAUCAGCAAGCACAGCAUAGAAAGUAGAGAAAUGGUUCUGGCAAAAUUGGGGAGGGAUUGGAAAAAUAAAUGUACAGUCAAAAGUUAGUGGGGGUAAAUAGUAUCUUCUCUGUAAAGAGAGAGAGAGAGAGAGACAUUAUGGGAGUGGGAGUGAACAAAAUUCUUUUUGAUGGCAUCUAUUUAAAAUUUUGAAGAAGAUUGUUUGCCCUAGUGAGCAAGACAAAAAAAAAAGAGCAAAAUAUUCAAGCCCCCCUGCCUUUUCUCUCCUCUCUCCUAUUGAUUCAAAAUCAGGUGGGGUGUUUGCUUUUUGCAUUGAACAAGCCAUUAAAAGAAGAGAAAGGCAACGAGAAAGAUGUGGGUGUUUCCUUUGGCUCAUGUCGAUCUGUCUCUAUAUUGGAAGUUUGAAAAGCACAAAGAAGACAAUAAUACACUUCACACUUAUAUC